CUGACUCUAAUGAAGUGAGUUCUUGUCGAGCGGACUGCGUCUCCACUAUGCAAUAUACAGACUGAUGGAAAGUCGAUAGGCGAGUGCGAUAUUGUAGACCAUUUAUUCGCAGCGCAUCCGGCAGUUUACAACUUCCAGCUCAACUCAACAUGUAGAGCGCGGCUGGUGCCCAGACGAACCCGACAGACUGGUGCUGUUUAACUGUUACCAACAUGAUUCCGCCAGCGAACAUGAUUCAGGAGGACACGAUGGGCAAGGAGAACGAACGGGAGCACCGUGAACCCCAGUCACCCACAUCAAUCAGCCAGCAGGAGUCAAAGUUGCAGAGGCUAAAGCGUUCACUGUCCUUCAAGACCAAGAGCCUUCGCAGCAAAAGCGCCGAUAACUUUUUCCAGCGGCCGAUCGAGGAUGUGAAGUUUCAAACCGAACUGCUCUCAGAUGUCAGCAGCAGCACAGGUCAUCUGAGCACCAUCGGCGUGUCUGUCUCAGCCUCCCCAGCGAUGUCUGUUCCUCCACCACCCCCUCCACUGCCCACUGUCAUCCCGGGUAACCUGCCCAUCACAAUCUGUUCUCCAUCCCGCGCCCCCCGACCGGCAGACCCCAACGCACACACCUUUCUAGAGCACAUCUUUAAGAAGCCCCACUUUUGUGACGUCUGCAACCACAUGAUUGUAGCUUGCCAAGGGGGAGCAGGCAAGGUGUUCGGCACCAAUGCUAAGCUGGGCCUCCGGUGCAAAGCCUGCAAGAUGGGCAUCCACCACAAGUGCCUGGAUCGAGUUGGACAGCAGAGAUGCAUGGGGAAAUUGCCCAAAGGUUUUCGGAGAUACUCUAGCUCCCCUCUGCUGAUUCAGGAACAGUUUGGCUGCAUUAGGGAGGUGAUGCCUAUUGCCUGUGGCAGUAAAGUUGACCCGGUGUAUGAGACUCUGAGAUUUGGAACCUCUCUGGCACAAAAGACCAAGCGGACUAGUGGAUCGGAGUCACCACAGAGAAACUCUACCAGUGAUGUGGCUCAGGUACCAGAAGAAAAGGCGGCCCACAGCAGUCGAGCUCAACUCACCAGGAAACCCAGUGACAACGUUUUUAUGCCCUUGGAGAAUGGAACAGAACAUUUUCAUAUUGCUGAAAGGAAAUCAGAAGAAUCACCUUCAAACAGAGAGCUGAAGAGGGACCCUUUGCAGCUCAACACUUAUGUGGCUUUGUUCGAAUUUACCCCCCAAGACAACCAAGACCUAGAAAUGAGACCCGGAGAUCGAAUAAUCUUGGCAGAUGAUUCCAAUGAUGACUGGUGGAAGGGUGUGAUUGAAGAUAGAAUAGGUUAUUUCCCAGCAUCCUUUGCGCAUCAGGUGAGGGCGGGUGACAGGGUGUUCAGAUGUAACCGAACCUUUAUUGGCUGUAAGGAGCAAGGGCAGAUCACCCUGAAGGAGGGACAAAUUUGUGUCAGCGGUGAGGAUGAACACAAUGGCUUCAUCAGAGUAGCCAGCGGGAAAAAGAGAGGAUUCGUGCCCUGUGACGUCCUAGAGAAUAUAUGAAGUGAAAGAUCAGAAAAGAGAUGGUUAGUUUAAAGAAAAGGAAAGACCUUCCACGGCGAUGAGUCCAGCGCUGCCUCUGUGACUGUUUGAAUGAUCUGUGAAUCCACCUGUAGGGUGACCAGACACGGGAGGGCUCAUCAGGAUGGAUCAGAACAGCCCUGUUUUAACCCCUGUCUCCCUCAGUGACAAGGGAAGAAUGUACAAUGACUCCAAAGAGUAUUUGGACAUCUAAGUUGCACCUAAAAAUGUAUAGAUUUAGUUAAUUUCAUUAACUAAAAACAAAACCAUCUGCAAACAAAUGUUGCCAGAGCUUUUCUCAGAACUUGCGUUACUUUUCUAAGCCAUUUUUUGUGAAUGAAAUUAAAUCCAAUACUUGUUUCUUACUAAGUUAAAGUGGUGAUUCCAAAAAUAGUGCCUGAUUUCCUCUAAUACAUCACACUUGCUCACAAAAUGCGAUGUGCUUUUUUUAGCUUUUUGCUUUUGACAGCCAUUUUUAAGGUGAAGAAGUCUUGUAUUACCCUUUUCCCCCAAAAACAGAGGGCUAGUUAUCAUUUAAAACCUAUUUUUAUCUUUUACCAUAAAUGCCACUUGGUUUGAUAUUUUGAUAUCUAAUCAUUUUCAAGUCUAGCUUAAAUGUCCAAAUACUUCUUGGGGCCAUUGUAUUUGUGUUUCAUUAACUGCUGAAUGUCAGUGUCAUGUUUUCUUUCUCAUCUGAGAGAAUUGUGUUUUCUGUAUUUUAUUUAUUGAAUGUUAGUAUAGGGGGUCGUCAACCACAACACUUUUUACUAUCAACUAUUCAAUAUAGCAUCAAAACUCACAUUCUUUUGAAAUAUCUUAAUUGUUAAGACAACAUAUUUUAAUGCUUCAUAUAUUUCCAUAAAAUACAAUUAACUGUUUAAUGCUAUGUAAUAAAUUUUUUUUUUUUUCAGCCAUUCUUUCCAAUAAAUAUGCAGGUGUUCUGUUGUUCGUAAUACUUCGGAUUUACUUUCCACUCCCAGAAUUUUAUUUUUCACAUGCUUCUGAGAACAGAGCAGGAAUGAACAGACCUCAGCCGUGUCAGAAUCAUUGUUUUCAGAUGUUAAUCCAAAUUCAAAGCAGAACACACACAUUUCUAGAUCAAACACACUCCACCGCCUGUGAUAAAAGCAUGUGGACAAGGGUUUCAGCAGACACAUCUUUUUUUUUAAUGUCCUAGUGUGUUCAAAUGUCUCUUGAACAUAUUUGUGCUACAUGUCAUCUGUACUAAUUAUCUUUUAUUAUUAAGCGUUUUUUUAGACAAACAUUGAUUUUUGAAUUUUUAAUAUUAAAAAGCUAAAUUAAGCAGAUGUAUGUAUUGCAACACCAUUACAGCAGGUAUGACUGAAGAAGACGGUUACAGUAAAGACUUUUAAAUUAAUGUUUUUUAUUAUUAUUUAUUUGAGUCUAGUCAUGAAAGAAUAGGCAUUGUGUAUUGUUCAUUUAAAUGAUACAUAAUCUGUCUCUUGAUAAGAUGUCUCAUAUAUAUAAUUUAACUCAUCUUGUCUGGCCUUUUGAUAAUAUUGAGCUAAAUGAAGCUGGCUUAUUGGACAGCAUCAUGAUAUUGCUGUGUAUAUACUUUAUGUACAGAAUUAAAGUUUAUUUAUUGAUC